AGUUGUCUUCUUCUUUUAUAGAUACUUGGUAAAUGUGUGAAUUAAUUGUACAACUAUUUUGUUAUGACACAAUCUGACAUGUACUUGAAUACCAAUUAAAUACCAUUGUUUAUAUGAAGUUUUGAUUUAAAAAUAUUUACUAAAACAAAUAACGGACAAGUGAUGUAAAAAUAUAUUUGUGUGAAGAACAAAAACAUUUCGAAAUGCUAACCUCAAAUAAUUUAAAUUCCACUGUUACUGAUACUUCUUUCUCAACUUACUUUGUUAUUCCUUUAGACAAUGUCUUCAAGACUUCUACUGGCAUAGGACAAGAAUCUAUUUAUUUAAUUAAUAAUGAAAACCAACAGCAUUUGUUGGAAAAUUCCGAAGUAUGUAAUAAUGGCACUAUUGGAGAACAAGAGGAAAGUCCAUCAGUAAUUAAAAGAACUGAUGAACAAACUUUUGACAACUCUUUAUUUCCUUUACCUCCCCUUCCCGAAUCAAAAUAUACUUGUCCAAAAUGUGAGCGAACAUUUAAAACAAUCAAAGAAUAUAAAGAUCAUUUAAAAUGGCACAAAUCACAGAAAACUUUUAAGUGUAAUCAAUGUUCAAUGGGAUAUAAUAAUGAGGUUAAUUUGAAAAUACACAAUGAAUUGGUUCACAUUACAGGUAAUAACUUGAAGAGUUGUCCAAUUUGUGGUGUUAGCUUAAAAUUUAAGAGAACUGCCGGCUUGAGAUCACAUUUGAUGAUACAUCAAACUGAGGAAGUACAAACUUGUGAAGAAUGUGAUGCUGAAUUUGAGAGAGAGGAUGAAUAUGCACAACACAUGACGACACAUUCUACAACAAAGAAAAACGAACUGCCUUCUUUAACUUGUUCCCAUUGUGAGCUACAAUUUCAGACAAAAGACCAGCUCAGAAUUCAUAUUUCUAACCACAUCAAGGCAUUGAGAGGUGUUAAGAAAAGGAAAACUAGAAAAACAAAUUCUAAAAAAAAGGCAUAUAGUUCAGAAUUUACUUGCAAAAUUUGUAAUAAAAGUUUUAUAAAACGUUCACUUUUACUUAGGCAUGAAAUGAUACAUAGUGGUGAAAAACCCUUCAAGUGUACUAUAUGCGAUCAUUCUUUUAUUCAAAAAGGAACACUGAGAGUGCAUUUAUUAACACAUUCAGGACUCAAACCAUUUUCGUGUACUUUGUGCCCAGCAAAAUUUAUUCAAAAAGGAAACCUCAGAGUUCACCUUCAAAAAACCCACACUGUACCAUACGGAUGCCAGAAAAUGUUUAAAUGCCCACAUUGCGCUUGCAUUUUCAAAAAAGUUGCCUCCCUCAAUGGUCACGUUACCAAAGUACAUUUGAGACCUAACCAGAACGAAGAAAACAUAAUAAACAACGUAAUGAAAAAUUUAAAAGAUCUUGAAGAACACAACACUGACCAUUACGUAACAUUAACCGGUUCCUCAAAUGGAGAAGUUGGUAAAAAGUAUACAGUACAAUUGAAAAUAAUAGGAGAUGUCAAAUGGUAUAGGUGCACUCAUUGCACCAAGAUGUGCAAAAAACCUUCAGAUCUCAUUAAGCAUAUUAGAGUGCACACCAAAGAAAAACCAUUUCAGUGUAAAAUAUGCAAUAAACGAUUUUCAAUGAAAUGCACACUUCUUUCUCAUAUGAAUAAGAAACACCAGAUGGGGAAUUUGAAAUGUGGCAUAUGUGAAAGUACUUUUCUAACAACACAGUCACUAUUUGUUCACGUUAAGGAACACGCAAGAGAAAAUUCAACUGUCCCUGAACGAUUGGAUAUAGGACAUGAAAUGACACAAAAUUCAUCAAACGAAACUCAAUCUAAAAUUAAUAGAGUGUUGAAACAACCACUGUUUCAAAAUAUCCAUGGUACAAUAAAGCUUAAACCUUCAAGAACUAAAAUUUUGUAUACCGAUAAUAACACACCAGUACCAAGACUUUUGCAAUGUACUAUAUGUCGUACAAAAUUCACCAAAAACUAUGAUCUCAACUGUCACAUGAAAGAACGCCACGAAGGAGGAGCAGAGAGAAAAUUUAAAUGCAGUGUGUGUCAAAAGUCGUUUUCAACAUCAUAUCGAUUAAAGGAGCAUAUGAAUUAUCACAAUAAUAUCAAGAAUUACGCUUGCGAACAGUGUAAUAAACGAUUCUUCAAUUCAUCUCAUUUAAGAAGGCAUAUGUUAACACAUGGUAGUGUCAGAUCGUACAUGUGUCCUUAUUGCUGCAAGAAUUUUCAAACACUUUCACUUGCCAGGCGACAUAUUAAGUUCAUACACAAAGAAGAGGUUUCAGCAGAGGUAGUAAAGAAGAAACGAGAAAAAGAAACUGAGAAUAUUUUUCCUACAGAAGCGAGUGUAAUAACUAAUAAUAAACUUAAUAAUUUAGAUAACAAUCAGCAUUUAAGUCGACAAGAACAAAUCGAAGAUCCUUCUUAUCCUACACAAGUUAUAAAUACGGAUCCUGGAAUAGAAAGUACUGAUUUAAACACGGGUCUUCAGACUUUUUACGUUAGUUUAGAAGAUUUUCAGUUGAUAAAUAACGCUGUUGUUGAUGUAAAUUCCUUAAAUGAUAUUGUACCAAACCACGAAAAUGUUCAAGUUGUUUCACCAUUAAAGGAAAAUCCCUGUGUGAUAUAUACACAUCCAACAGAAAAUUCGGAUAAAACAACAGCGCCAACUAUUUUCGACGAUAAUACCAUUUUUCCAGCGUCCACGGGUUUAAAUGAAGUAAAAGCCGUUUUCGAUGACGCUAGUAUAAUAUGUAUGAACUGCAAUCAAGUUUAUUCGAGUUUUACGUAUUUCCAAAAACAUACUUGUUCAGGUAAUUUAAACCGAGAUACCAACAAAACUGUUAAUACGGAUAAAAAUAAAGAAACACAAGAACGAAAAGAAGAAACGCUAAAAAAUGAAAUACAAACUACUAAUAAAUCUUUAGAAAAUAAUUUAUCACGUCAAUCCCCGACAAAUAAAACUGGAUCUAGUAGAAAAGUAGUACAAUCAAAACGCUUGACACCUCAAGGUACAGCUGGUAAUUAUUCCUGCGUAUUUUGCGGAAAGUUAUUCAAGAAACCGUCCGAUUUGGAAAGGCAUCAUCGUACCCACACAGGAGAAAAACCAUUUACAUGUGAUAUUUGUAGUAAGACGUUUUCAUUGAAAGCUACAUUAAACGGUCAUCUCAGAACUCACGAUCCUAAUCAUAAACAGUUCAGUUGUGACAUAUGUGAUAGUAUGUAUUCAUCCAAAACCAGUUUGAAAGUACAUAUGACAAUUCAUACAGGUGCUAUGCAUUACAAAUGUACAAAUUGUAACAUGGAGUUCAGGACAUUGGGGGCUAAAAAAUCCCACGAAGCAACCGGUAAUUGUACACUUAAUAAAAAAAAGAGUAGAACUACAAAAAAUAAAUUGGCAGAAUUCGUGAAAAAUACAACAAAGGAAUUAGUUACUUCCAACAAUAAAGAAGAUAUACAAAAUGAGGUGAAUAAUGUGGUACCGGAAUAUGUCCCAUUCGAAAACUUGAAUUUGGUAAUGGAUGAUAAUAAUUUAACAACCCAACCACAAACUUUGGAUCUUCCUUCUCAAAUAGUCAACUUGGAUAUACCGACGACAAUUUUAUCAACUAUUCCAGAAAACCAGAUAACCGUUGAUCACUCCAAUUUACUUCAACAACUUCAAUUUACCGAUAUGGUAUUAACUACUAACGAAACAGGCACAGUACCAUCUCUUAUUUUGGAUGAUGUUAGUUUUUUGGAUUUGAAUACACCUUCAAAUAAUCUUCAGAUAAUUUCAUUACCGGAAAAUGAUGGAUCCGGAGUUACUAUAAGUAUAGAAGAACCAAAUAACGUUAUGAAAACGGAGACCAAACCUAAAAGACCGAAACAGGCUGUAGAAUGUGAUAUGUGCUUAAAGAUGUUGGGAUCUAAAGAUAGUUUGAGGAGACACAAGAAAAAUGUGCAUGGUGACAAAAAGAAAAAUACGUCUUCAAACUGUGAUAUUAAAGACAAUUCUUUCUCUGUUCAGCAAUUUAAAAAUUUAAAUUAGAUAUAAAAUUUAAUACAAUUAUUAUUAUUAAUUUUAAUAGCUGAUCAUUGUAAUUUUAAAAGAUAUUAGUGCCUUGUUGACUUCAGUAUUUGUUGAUAAAAAAAUAUAGUUUCAAGUAUUAUUUCCUUCUAUGUCUCCUGUAUUUUUUAAAUAAUAUUGUAUCCUUUAAAAAUAAAGUUAUUGAAUAAAUUAA